AGUCACAGCAACCGCGACCGGGAUCGGGAUCGAGAACGAGUGCGGGACAGAGAUGGGAAGUCAUUUGGGACGCCAAACAAGCUGCCUGAAGCGGGCGGGGGCUCCCUGAAACAAAACCCCACGCAACAGCAGAUCAACCCGUUCACCAACCUGCCCCACACCCCGCGCUACUACGAGAUCCUGAAGAAGCGGCUGCAGCUGCCCGUCUGGGACUACAAAGAGAGAUUCAAUGACAUCAUGACGCAGAACCAGUCUUUUGUGCUGGUGGGAGAGACGGGCUCUGGAAAGACCACACAGAUCCCUCAGUGGUGCGUGAACAUGGUGCGGUCAAUGCAGGGGCCAAAGAAAGCAGUGGCCUGCACUCAGCCCAGGAGGGUAGCUGCUAUGAGUGUCGCCCAGAGGGUGGCUGAUGAGAUGGAUGUCAUGCUGGGCCAAGAGGUGGGCUACUCCAUCAGGUUUGAGGACUGCAGCUCCGCCAAGACACUACUCAAGUACAUGACAGAUGGAAUGUUGCUGCGGGAGGCCAUGAACGAUCCUCUGCUGGAGCGCUAUGGCGUCAUCAUCCUGGACGAGGCCCACGAACGCACUUUAGCCACAGAUAUCCUCAUGGGGGUCCUUAAGGAGGUGGUCCGCCAGAGGCCUGACCUAAAGGUCAUCGUCAUGAGCGCCACGCUCGACGCCGGGAAGUUUCAGGUGUACUUUGACAGCUGCCCGCUGCUAACCAUCCCCGGACGCACGCACCCCGUGGAGAUUUUCUACACGCCGGAACCGGAGCGGGACUACCUGGAGGCGGCCAUCCGGACGGUGAUCCAGAUCCACAUGUGCGAGACGGAUGAAGGGGACGUUCUGCUUUUCCUCACUGGACAAGAGGAAAUCGACGAAGCUUGCAAAAGAAUCAAGAGGGAGAUCGACGACCUGGGCCCUGAAGUCGGCGAUAUCAAAAUCAUCCCCCUGUACUCCACAUUGCCUCCACAGCAGCAGCAAAGGAUCUUCGAGCCACCGCCGCCCAAUAAACCAAAUGGUGCCAUUGGAAGGAAGGUCGUCGUGUCAACGAACAUCGCUGAGACGUCCCUGACCAUCGAUGGCGUCGUGUUCGUAAUUGAUCCCGGAUUUGCCAAGCAAAAGGUGUAUAACCCACGCAUCCGAGUGGAGUCCCUCCUGGUUACAGCCGUCAGCAAGGCCUCAGCCCAGCAGAGGGCAGGUCGCGCUGGAAGAACAUGCCCAGGAAAGUGUUUCCGUCUUUACACGGAAAAAGCUUACAAGACGGAAAUGGAGGACAACACGUAUCCAGAGAUUCUGAGGUCCAAUCUGGGCUCUGUGGUGCUGCAGCUGAAGAAACUGGGAAUAGAUGACCUGGUGCACUUUGACUUCAUGGACCCACCAGCCCCAGAGACCCUGAUGCGAGCCCUGGAGUUGCUGAACUACCUGGCGGCGCUCAACGACAACGGCGACCUGACCGAGCUGGGCUCCAUGAUGGCCGAGUUCCCCCUCGACCCCCAGCUGGCCAAGAUAGUCAUCGCCAGCUGUGACUUCAACUGUUCCAACGAGAUCCUCUCAAUCACUGCCAUGUUGUCAGUCCCACAGUGCUUCGUCCGUCCCACCGAGGCUAAGAAGGCGUCCGACGAGUCCAAGAUGCGCUUCGCCCACAUCGACGGAGACCACAUGACGUUGCUCAACGUCUACCACGCCUUCAAACAGAACCACGAUUCCAACCAGUGGUGCUACGACAAUUUUGUGAACUACCGCUCGCUGAUGUCGGCAGACAACGUGCGGCAGCAGUUGUCCAGGAUCAUGGAGCGCUUCAACCUGCCGCGGCGGAGCACCGAGUUUCUCAGCAAAGAUUACUACGUCAACAUCCGCAGAGCGCUGGUCACUGGAUUCUUCAUGCAGAUUGCUCACCUCGAGCGCACGGGCCAUUACCUGACCGUGAAGGACAACCAAGUCGUACAGCUGCACCCCUCCACCGUGCUGGACCACAAGCCAGAGUGGGUGCUUUACAACGAGUUUGUGCUCACCACCAAGAACUACAUCCGCACGUGCACCGACAUUAAACCAGAGUGGCUGGUGAAAAUCGCCCCGCAGUACUACGAGAUGAGUAACUUCCCCCAGUGUGAGGCAAAGAGACAGUUGGAGCGCAUCAUCGCUAAAGUCUCAUCCAAGGAGCACACUCAGUACUAAGACGGUUUGCAUGUUCUGCAGUAUGUGUACAAAUAAAUCUGAACGCCAUUUGA